AUGGUAAGUCUUAAAGAUUUUCUUUCCAAAUUACUUAUCUUUUACGCUCUGAUUGCUUUGAGUAUCGCCGAUGUCAGCCAUUUGAGAAGCGCUUACUUACCACCCUACCACAGUAAACCACAGCACAUUGCACCAAGUCAAGAACUUGCAGCGCCACCACAACCACAAGUGCAACAUGAUGAAGUGCCACAGGCCCAACCGGAUGUUAAUUUACUUGACGAGUCGGCCAAUGCUAACUCACAUGCUUUAAAAGAUGUCGAGCAAUCACUAGAUAAUGAGCCCGUUGCAACAACACAGCAAAGCUCCACAGAUGAUAAUGCCGCCAGUGAAUCUGCCAGCGAUCCAUUCUUCCAACCUAGUUUUGGUGGCUUUCCAGGUGCUGGAUUUCCAUCCAGCUUUGGUGGACCAACAUAUCCAGGACAAGGUUUUACCGGAGCAGGCUUUCCAGGACAGGGUUUCGCAGGACAAGGUUUUCCUGGACAAGGUUUCUCUGGACAAGGUUUCCCUGGACAAGGUUUCGCAGGACAAGGUUUUCCGGGACAAGCCUUUCCUGGUGCUAGCUUCGCAGGACAAAGUUUCCCGGGGCAAGGCUUUUCUGGACAAGGUUUCACUGGACAAGGCUUUCCAGGUGCUGGAUUCUCUGGGCAAGGUAUCCCGGGACAAGGAUUUCCGGGUGCAGGUUUCUCAGGGCAGGGCUUUUCGGGAGCUGCCUUCCCUGGCCAAGGUUUCUCAGGCCAGGGUUUCCCAGGACAGGGAUUCCCGGGAGCUGGCUUUCCUGGUCAGGGUUUCUCUGGCCAAGGCUUUCCAGGACAGGGCUUUGCGGGCGCUGGAUUUCCCGGCGCAGGCUUCUCCGGUCAAGGCUUCCCAUCACAAGCAGGCGGUUUUCCAGGCUUACCUUACCAAACAGCUUCACAGCAACAGUCCGGCGGCGAUUUCAAAACACCACAACCCAUAGACGGUCUCAACACUCGUGUGCUGACAACGCGCAUAGCCAGCGAUACAGUUUAUGGCGCAAACGGUGGUUAUGUCUACGACAAGCCCAAAUAAUUUUUUUCUAUUCUCUUUUUGGAAUAUACUUUAAGAUGAUUUUAUGUGUUUUUUAUUGCUUUCUUCUUCUUCCACGGAUUUAAUGCUAAUUUUUCCAUAGUUUGAGACUGGAUCGUGCUGAAUCAAUUAGCAUUUUAUCACUCGGCCGACGAAACAAUGCGAAAGUGUAACACUUAGACUUAUGUAAAACAUUUCUAUUUCAUAUUGCUGCUGAAUAAAUUAUUUAUUUAAUGAAUAUUAAUAUUCGUAAGAGUGUGAGUACAUCAUUAAUAAAUCAAGCAAGUUGCGUGAUGU